GCCUGCAUUUGCCACGAUGCUCUCAUCCAGCGACUUUGCGUCUGCUUCUUGGGAGCUCAUCGUCAGAGUUGACCAUCCAAACGAGGAGGAGCAGAAAGAGGUCACACUGAGAGUGUCUGGAGACCUGCAUGUUGGGGGGGUGAUGCUCAAGUUAGUAGAACAGAUCAACGUAGCCCAAGACUGGUCAGACUUUGCCCUCUGGUGGGAACAGAAACAUUGCUGGCUUCUGAAAACGCACUGGACUCUGGACAAAUGUGGGGUCCAGGCAGACGCAAAGCUUCUCUUCACCCCUCAGCACAAAAUGCUUCGCCUCCGCCUGCCAAACGCGAAGACAGUGAGGUUGCGAGUCAGCUUCUCAGCUGUGGUUUUUAAAGCUGUCAGUGAUAUCUGCAAAAUCCUGAAUAUCAGAAGAUCAGAAGAACUUUCCUUGUUAAAGCCAUCUGGUGACUAUUUUAAAAAGAAGAAAAAAAAAGACAAAAGUAACAGGGAGCCCAUAAUUGAAGAUAUUUUGAACCUGGAGGGUUCUCCAACGACUUCAGGUCCACCGGUCAGUCCUGGCUUAUACAGUAAAACCAUGACUCCCACGUACGACCCCAUCAGUGGAACACCCGCAUCCUCCACCAUGACUUGGUUCAGCGACAGCCCUUUGGCGGAACAAAACUGCAGCAUCCUGGCAUUGAGCCAACCCCCCCAGUCACCAGAAGCACUGGCAGAUAUGUACCAGCCUCGGUGUCUGGUUGACAAAGCCAGGCUUAACGCAGGUUGGCUGGACUCCUCACGUUCCCUUAUGGAGCAAGGCAUCCAGGAGGAUGAGCAGCUGCUGUUACGAUUUAAAUACUACACUUUCUUUGACUUGAAUCCCAAAUACGAUGCUGUCCGAAUCAACCAACUCUAUGAACAAGCCAGGUGGGCCAUCCUCUUGGAAGAAAUUGACUGCACGGAAGAAGAAAUGUUGAUUUUUGCAGCACUGCAAUAUCACAUUAGCAAACUGUCGCUGUCAGCUGACACACAGGAUUUUGCAAAUGAGUCUGAGGUCGACGAAGUAGAAGCGGCACUCUCUAAUUUGGAAGUGACCCUAGAAGGUGGAAAAGCAGACAACGCUUUGGAGGACAUUACUGAUAUCCCUAAACUUGCAGAUCAUCUCAAGUUAUUUAGGCCCAAGAAGCUGAUCUUAAAGGCUUUCAAACAAUAUUGGUUCAUCUUUAAAGACACAUCUAUAGCCUACUUUAAAAAUAAGGAACUUGAGCAAGGAGAACCAGUAGAAAAACUAAAUCUUAGAGGCUGUGAAGUUGUGCCAGACGUCAAUGUAGCAGGGAGAAAAUUUGGAAUCAAGUUACUAAUCCCUGUUGCUGAUGGUAUGAAUGAAGUGUAUCUGAGAUGUGACCAUGAGAACCAGUAUGCGCAAUGGAUGGCUGCCUGCAUCCUGGCAUCAAAGGGCAAAACCAUGGCAGACAGCUCCUACCAGCCAGAGGUCCUCAACAUCCUUUCAUUUCUGAGGAUGAAAAAUCGGAACUCGACAUCUCAGGUGGCUUCCAAUAACGAAACCAUGGAAAUGAACCCUGAAUGUUUUGUGUCACCUCGGUGUGCAAAAAAACACAAGUCAAAGCAGCUGGCAGCCCGGAUUCUAGAAGCCCACCAGAACGUGGCCCAGAUGCCGCUGGUCGAAGCCAAGCUGCGGUUCAUCCAGGCGUGGCAGUCUCUGCCAGAAUUUGGCCUCACCUACUACCUUGUCAGAUUUAAAGGGAGCAAGAAAGAUGAUAUCCUGGGAGUUUCAUAUAACAGGCUGAUUAGAAUCGAUGCAGCCACCGGGAUUCCAAUGACAACAUGGAGAUUCACAAAUAUGAAACAGUGGAACGUAAACUGGGAAAUCCGGCAGGUGGCAAUCGAAUUUGACCAGAAUGUCUCCAUUGCGUUCACCUGUCUGAGUGCAGAUUGCAAGAUCGUGCAUGAGUACAUCGGUGGCUAUAUUUUCUUGUCUACUCGGUCUAAGGACCAGAAUGAGACCCUUGACGAGGACCUGUUCCACAAGCUGACUGGCGGUCAGGAAUGA